ACUGAAAAAAAUGGAAUAAUUGUAAAGAUGGGGAUAAAUUACAGUAAUUAUGAUUUGUUGAUUUCAAAACUACUUUUUCGCUUUGAAACAAUCCUUUCCCAUUCUCGUUGAAAAUUUCGUAUAGCGGCCUCGACCCGGCCGGCGCUAACCUCGUUUCGUCUUGUUAUGACAUAAUUAUUCUUUGAUGUUGGAGCGGCCUACUGGUUUUAAAUCUCACAUAACAUUAAACAGCUGGAAUCACAAGACGGUAAAAGAUGAAACAACGCAAAGAUAAGAAUGGAAUAAACAAAUUUUAGUAUCAAAUUUUGUAGGCAAACAGUACGUGCUCUAUAUUUUGUUGUUGUUGCCCCGUCAGUCUUGAUUCCAGUGAACUUUCAAUAUAUUGGCCUAGACGAUUCGAUCGAGUUCGUAUUAGGUCGUAUCGUGGAAAAGGGAAGGCCCAAGCAGAAAGACGUGGCCAGUCAAGAAAUAUUGGUUUGUAAAAGGGAAGCUGUCAAUAAGAGAGACUCAAAAGUAGCUACUUAAAGAGAGACAGAAAAGCAAGUGAGAAUUCUCUUGAGUCAUAUCAAAAUGGAUAGUUACGAUCCCGGAGAAGCUGAUAUUUGUAGAGUUUGCAGAGCUGAAGGAACUGGAGAUAGACCUCUUUAUCAUCCUUGCAUGUGCACUGGCAGUAUCAAGUUUAUUCACCAAGAAUGCCUGGUACAAUGGCUUAGUCACAGCAAGAAAGAGAUUUGUGAAUUAUGCAAACACAAAUUUGUUUUUAAACCAAUUUAUGCACCUGAUAUGCCACAUACAUUACCAGUGACAGAAUUUGUAACUGGUCUUGGCAAAAAUCUCGGAAAAGCUUUGCAGUAUUGGUUUCAUUAUACUCUGGUGGCCAUUGCCUGGCUUGGGGUUGUACCACUCACAUCUUAUCGAAUCUAUAAAUGCUUCUUCGCUGGUUCUCUCAGUUCGCUGUUGACCCUCCCACUGGACAUCCUAUCAACAAAUGACAUGUUUUCCGACUGUCUCAAAGGAUGUUUUGUUGUUGGGUGCUCGGUGUGUGCGUUUAUUGUCCUGGUUUGGUUAAGAGAACAGAUUGUUGUUCAUGGCGGCCCUGAUUGGCUGGAGGGCCAAGUCGAGCCAGUUAGACAAAUGAAUCUGCCAGCAGCUGCCAGAGGCUGGUUUGCGGGUGUCUUCGGACAGGGAGAUGGCCAUGCGCAUAAUGGUGAUCAAGAUAAUGUGCACGAAGUCAUGGCGGAUCAUCAAGCUGCCGAGGAAAACGAAAAUGGAGAAGAUAAUGAAGAGGAAGAUGGAGAAGAAAAUGGAGAAGAAAAUGGAGAAGGAAAUGGAGAAGAAAAUGGAAUAGAAAAUGGAGAAGAAGAGGAUAGAGAUGUUGAGAAUGAGGUGCAGGCAGAUUAUAACAUGUUCGUAGAAGUUGAAGUAGAGGUAUUAGAAGAAGAAGAAGAAGAAGAAGAAGAAGAAGAAGAAGUAGAAGACGAGGAACCGGAAGUCGACCAGCCAGCCCCGGCAGAAGAUAACCCUGACUGGAACUUGGAGUGGGAAAGGGCUGCAGAAGAUCUCACUUGGGAGCGUUUUUUAGGCCUGGAUGGAUCUCUUGUUUUCUUGGAGCACGUCUUUUGGAUCAUAUCUUUCAACACCUCAUUUGUUUUGAUCUUUGCAUUCUGCCCAUAUCAUAUCGGUCAGUUUACAUUGAGGGCGAUCUCAUUGGAUGUUGAGCAGACAAGAUCGGAAUUUUUGUAUCUGCUCACCUGCCUGGUUGGUUAUUUUGCUGAAGCUGUUUCUUUGUUGGUUCUUCAUUCAAUCGCAGGUUUAUUGAACAUGAAAAGGAUCAGACGAGUUCUUGGAAUGUGUUACGUCGUCAUAAAGGUUGUGCUAAUAAUGGUUGUUGAAGUUGGCAUCUUCCCGUUGAUAUGUGGGUGGUGGAUUGAUAUUUGUACCCUCCCACUCUUUGCUGUUUCGUUGAAAGACAGACAAGUAAGCUUCAGCCAUGCUCCCGGUACUGCUACCUUUCUGCAUUGGCUGGUCGGCAUGCUUUACGUGUUCUAUUUUGCAUCAUUUGUCAUACUUCUCCGUGAGGUUUUAAGGAAAGGCGUCCUCUGGUUCCUUCGGAAUAUCAACGACCCAGAUUUUCAUCCAAUGCAAGAGAUGAUCCAUUUGCCUGUUUACCGACAUGUACGGAGAUUUGCUUUGUCACUAGUGGUGUUCGGAACUGCCAUUCUAAUUAAACUAUGGGUUCCUGUGCAGCUCAUUCGAGGACUGUUCCCCGAUUUUCUGCCUUUUAAUUACGUACUUACAAGUGACAUUCCAGUUAGCGAACUGCCGCUUGAGCUUUUGUUGCUACAAGUUGUCCUCCCAGCCCUUCUUGAAGAAGCACACACAAGGCAAUGGAUCAAGAACAUUGUCCGCCUGUGGCUGGUUACGAUUGCCUAUUUGCUGGACUUGCGGUCAUAUCUGCUCGGAGAUGUCCCCUUAGAUGGAGUAGACCCUGCCAUGAUACAUCAUCAGAACAGAAACAACAAUGUAAACCAUGCCGGUGCUCAGAAUGCAAACGCUCAAAAUAACCCAGGCAAUGCUGGUGGUCAAAUCGAGCCACAACCGUACAUCAAGCCAGGCAAAUUCCCAUUUAGGAUAAUAUGCCUCCUGGUCUUAAUGUCAGCAUCAAUGAUCAUUUCAAGUUUCGUCGGACUAACACUGCCAGUUGCAGUUGGUCGUCUUAUAUUGUCACACUUCCUUGGCAGCGCCGAUGUUCACGAGCUGUAUACAGCUGCUACUGGUGUCUAUGUCUUAUGGCUGUGUUGUCGCAUCUGUGUAAUCAUCGGGUUAUGGCUUGCAAUGGGUCUCCCGCUCUUUGUUCUCAAAGUUCUCAGAUGCCUCAAAAUAGCUUUAAAAAUCAUUGUGUUGUCGACCAUUUUGCUUGGAGUUGUUCCACUGCUGCUUGGUGUCAUUUUCGAGCUGGUGUUUAUUGUACCACUACGAGUGCCGAUGGACCAAACACCUUUAUUUUACUUCUGGCAGGACUGGGCAUUGGGUGUCCUGCACACAAAAAUUCUUUGCGCUCUCAUCAUGAUUGGUCCAAACUGGUGGCUAAAGUCUGUUAUGGAACAGGUAUACCAAGAUGGUGUGAACAACAUCCGGGUCUCGUUCAUCAUGCGACACUUGGCAUACCCCGUCGUCUCCCAACUGGUUCUUCUUAUAACUGCUCCUUACAUUCUUGCUAAUGGAGUUUUAUCGAUAAUGGGUAUUUCGAAGGAAGCACAGCUGCUAGCUCACCGCCGGAUCUACCCAUUCAUUUUGAUAAUUGGCUUAAUUGCUACUGCUCUGGCUUUUCAAGGACGCCAGUUUAGAAAUCUUUACGAGAGAAUCAAGAACGAAAAAUAUUUAGUUGGUCAGCGAUUGGUGAAUUAUCAUUAUCCUUCGACCUCAAACACUGAUGAGAUACCUGGUGAGGUCAAUUCAAGCACUGCUAUGAUGUAAAUAUAUUGAGGUCAAUCUAUGAAUGAAUCACUGCUCCGAGGGAAAAAUUUCUGACUGUACAGUAAACUGCGUAGCUGUUUGAACAUCCGUCCAACGUCUAGCGCCUUUAAGAUAUGUCUUUUAUUUGUUUUUGCCGAUUAACUGAUUUUUGUCUUUGACUUUGCAGUUUGGUGCAAAACUAAAUACAGUUGAGUCCCGUUGAACCCGUACUCCGGACUUUUUGACUUAUUCAAUAUUCAAUACUAUUGGGUAUUCUUAUUCAAGUCAAAAAUCGUACCCCAGAUUUGCCAAGGCGGAUUAUUUCCUUAUCCCAUUUUAAAAGUCUGACUUAACUGGAUUCAACUGUAUGCAAUGGAGCAUUUACUGCAUUAGUUGUACUAUCCUUCGCAGAAACAGAAUAUUUUAAAAGCUUUUUUAGGAUAUAUUACUUUGCAAGAGGCCCUAAGAACAUUUGUUCCACUUCAAAUCACCUCGGAGGGAGAAAAGAGGUGCGAGAAACAAAACUCCUGCAGUUAUAUUUGUUGGUAAAGCUUUGCUUUGAGAAUAAUGCUUAAAUUUGAUAAUUUUGAGUACUAAGAUUUUUGUGUUAUCUUGUGGCGGUAGAUAUUUUUUAUUCCUUCAAAGGCAGAGAAGGAAUUUAUUGUGGAUUCCUUCAGAAAUAUAAUACAUAUACUAAACAUUUCGAUCAAGUUUUUUUCAAAUUUUCGUUUUUAAUAUUUUUUCAAAGGCAGUUUAAAAUUAAUAAGUUCCUCUCGAAAAACUUUCAACUCGUGUGCAUUAGAAUUCUCGCUAUUUUGCUCAGAAACUUCAACCGUCACAAAAAUUUUUGCUCAACGUUGCUUUUUCGCAUGUCGACAGCUAGUAAACCUACUUUUGGUAAAGUGAUGAAGUGUUAGCAUUCCAAAAGGUACCGAUCCGAGCUGCUUCUUUACCAAUGUUGGAAGAAACGAGAUGGAAGUUGUGAAAACCUUUGAGAAUCGCUUAGACUUGAUCGCAGAUUAGACUCCAUCUAGAUAUUUAUCGGAUAUUCAUAGAAUCUUGAAGAAAAAUUUAUGUUAGAGUUUUACCUUGACUUUAGGAUUUAGCGAGUGCAUUCGUUGUUGAUGAGUUGAUGUUAAUGAUGUAGCAAGCAGCAGACAAACAAUGUAACAAGUUAUUCUGACUGCCAACUUUAAAUGCUGUUCUCAACUCAACUUGCGUUAUUCAUUUCCAUUCACCUUUUAGGCAUCCACCUUAGGGAUCCUUUUAGGCUCAUUGAAAUGUCGGUUCAAAAGUACUUCAUUAAAAUGAUUCCCUUUCUUGCGCCAUGUUGCAGAAAGUAUUUUUUAGUUAAUCAUCUCAUUCUGGUUAAACAUCUAGAGCGUUUUGAUGUUAGAAGUAAAGGGACGUUUUGAUGUUGGAAAUAAAGAGGCAUCUUCCCUCUCGCAAGUAAGCAGUAUAAAAUAAUUUUGAAAUAUCAGCAGUCAGGAGUGUUUAGACCUUAUGCUAUGAUAAAUUCAACACUGCUCUUUUUAGAGCCUCUCAUUUUCAAGUACUAGAAGAAACUUGCAGAGGAUAAAUGCCAGUGAACAUAGUAUUGUAAAGUGUGUUUUGGAAAUUAUAAGUACUUUCUUCAAUGGCCCAAAUGAAGUUCAGCUUGCAAUGUUUGAAUCUCUGCUCAAUAUCUGUUUGAACUUGUCAAAACGUUUUUGUCCGUAAGUACUUUCUUCAAUGGCCCAAAUGAAGUUCAGCUUGCAAUGUUUGAAUCUCUGCUCAAUAUCUGUUUGAACUUGUCAAAACGUUUUUGUCCGUAAGUACUUUCUUCAAUGGCCCAAAUGAAGUUCAGCUUGCAAUGUUUGAAUCUCUGCUCAAUAUCUGUUUGAACUUGUCAAAACGUUUUUGUCUGUAAGUACUUUCUUCAAUAACCAAAUGAAGUUCAGCUUGCAAUGUUUGAAUCUCUGCUCAAUAUCUGUUUGAACUUGUCAAAACGUUUUUGUCCGUAAGUACUUUCUUCAAUGGCCCAAAUGAAGUUCAGCUUGCAAUGUUUGAAUCUCUGCUCAAUAUCUGUUUGAACUUGUCAAAACGUUUUUGUCCGUAAGUACUUUCUUCAAUGGCCCAAAUGAAGUUCAGCUUGCAAUGUUUGAAUCUCUGCUCAAUAUCUGUUUGAACUUGUCAAAACGUUUUUGUCCGUAAGUACUUUCUUCAAUGGCCCAAAUGAAGUUCAGCUUGCAAUGUUUGAAGCUCUGCUCAAUAUCUGUUUGAACUUGUCAAAACGUUUUUGUCCAUAAACGAUGACGUCAACCAGGAAUAUGGGUUGAUUCGGUCCUGGUGCCAUUGUUGCAUUUAUUUAUGUCCCAAAGUCUCGUGAUAGUGGAUAGAAAGCGCUUGAAGGAGGUGCGACACUGUAAUAGCAGAUUGGUGAAUCAAUAAUAGACAUAGGAGGAACAAAUUUCAAAAGUAAUUUGAAAGAACAAUUUCUUCGACAAUGAGGAAGUAUUAUAUAGAAUGUUGUAUAGCUGAAAUUCAAGAAGAACUUCACUGGCAGUUGCAUAAGUUUCGAAUAUUUUUGAAUGAAUAAAGAGAAAGUUUUAUUUAAUUUUUUAUGUUUUACUGCGGGACGUGCUUUCAUGACUGUGUUGUGUCUCGUUCGCAUUCGAAUAUUGUAUUAUAAUGAUUUUCCUCACAGUCAUUGUUUUGAACUAGACAGUGAACUGCAAAGUACAUUCUGCGUCCAUGUGUUGUUGUGCAAAGUUUUCGUUAGUUUACUGGCGAUGUCUCUUAGUCGUUUAUUGCCUGAUGCUUGAAAUUUCCAAACAAUAUUUUCGUUGUAGAGAAUUUUAAAAUCGCUUUGAAAGAGCAAACAUUUUGAAGCAUGUAAUUAAAGCUUUUUGUCUGAAUAGUCUAAGAAUGCAUUUCAGAGAAAAUCUUCUUACCUUCCACCGAUAGAGGCCUUAAUCGAGUUUAAUUUUUUCUUGUUUAUAUUUUUAUUUAAACACUAAAAUUAAGCUUUAGCUGAUCUCGAGAAAGUUUUCUGAUAUCUUUGCAUUUUUGUUGCUUUUUCUGUGCCAAAACGUCAACUGUCGUCAAACUUCACCAUAGCUUACAAAGGGAAGCAUACUUGAAGAGAAUCAGCUGAUAAACAACUGGCUAACCAUACUUAACAAAAAGGCAACCAAUCAUAUUGGUUGCAUGGAACUUUAAGUUAUUUACAGAAUAACAUAACUGUGUGUAAACUCAUUUAAGAAUUAUUUGAAGUUAAUGAAAGUACAGUGAGCGUACAUAGUUGCACAUUUUGAUGGUCAUACUUGCCUUUUUCAGAAAAACAUGUUAUCAGUUUUGUACUUGGUCGAUGCCGAACACUGGUUUGUUCACAUAGCGUAGUCUAAAAGCUAUUAAAGUUUCAUAAACAAUUAAGAACACUCUAAAUGCACUGUUAUAGAGGAUUAAUUUUUCCAUGUCGGACUGAUGGAUGUUUUCUGAAACAGACAGACACCGCCCUUCAAGAUAACAUACGCCUCAUACCUUGAUUUUUUACAUUGAUUUGCUUUUUAGAUGAAUUUUAGGUUGUCUUUCAGGACCAUACAUAAUUUUAGUCUAUUUUUCUCCCUUGUGAACAGAAAUUGUAACGAAUUUUUAACUCAGGCCUUUUAACUUAAAUGCUGGUUGGCAAUAUGGCCUAACGGUGCUUUGAAACCUGGCCAGCACAACUGCUAGCUAACUUGCUAAGAGACCGUAAUGAGACGACACACUAUUAUCCUGUUUGAGAACCUCGAUAAAACAAGCAGUUUGGUUCAUCACAACUUCAAUAACUGUAAUUAUCAGAUGUCAGUUAUGCUCAAAAGGUGAAAACUGUCUUAUUAAAUUCAUUUUAUCGCCAUAAUGUCCUCAAGAAAAGGAGUAAGCUUUGGAGAUAAAAUAAGUAAUAGGUGUUUGACGCUGACGGUAGAAAUGUUUUUAGUCUUGCCCUUUGUCACAACUGGAACUUAUGGUUGUUAUACAAAUGACGGUGUUAUCAAAUUAUACAACUAUAAUAUGCACGAGUCUUGUAAUAAUCUAGGAGGUUCUCAAUAAUAAGAAAAUACGGUAGUGAUAGAAAGAUUUCGGUAUUUUUGCUAAAAUAGUAGAUCAGAACAAAGAUAUUUUCCUGAUUACAUAACAUAGUCAUGAGAAUUUUGGGUGUGUACAAGCUCCUUUUAGCUAAAACCCCUUAUACGUAAGGUAUAAUACCAAAAAACCUCUUUGUAACUAAAAGUGCCAUUUCAAACCCAGGGAGCCCUAAAAUGUUUAAAUGAGUUACCAAUCCACAGCCACCAACGGUUUUCUGUGUACAAGUCCAUUUUCGUCUUUUCUUCUUGAUCUUCAGUUACUGCUUUAAAAUAAAUCGCACAGUUUCGUUGGUCUUUUGAAACUGUUUCCUAAUGCACAAGAAUGGGCAUUUAAACCUUAAUUCAGUUCAUAUCCCCGUGAUUGUAUAUGCUUUUAGUUUAUUUCCAACCCAAACGUUUGGUUUAUUGAUCACAUAGCUUGAAAACACCAUAUGAAAUACCUUUAAAUUCGAAAUCAUUAAAAUAUCUGUCAAAUUGACUGAGAUAUAGCAAGUAAUAGAGUAGAAGGAAGUAAAACUGACAUUUGCGCUGGCCUAAUUCAUUUAUUGGAAUCAGAACCAGGACAAAAUUACAGUUAUUUGACAGGGAAAGAGUCAGUGCUUAUGCGGUCACAUCUCAGCAAGUUUUCAACAUAUUUAGCUGAAUUUACACGUUUAGAGAUUUUUUUGAUGCUUUUUCAAGCUAUUUGGUUAUUCUAAAUUCCAAGGCUUAAAAGCUAACAUUUUUGUGACGCAUCACUUUCAAACUCUAUUUUGGCAUAGCCACAUCUCUUCUAAAAGUGACAAAACAUCUUGAGAAAUGCUUAGCGUGGCUUGCCUGUUUGAUGCCAAUUGUAAACAUAUGUAAAUGCACCCUAAUAAAUGCAUAUUAAUCAAAUUCAAAAGCCAAAGCUCAUUGUGCAUGGAGAGCAAACGUACACAGACCCGAGAGAUUACGCGCCUUGUCAAUUUUAGGUUCUCUUGGGAUGUUAGGUAGGCCUUAAAAGGCAGUUUUGUCUAUCAACUUCAAUCAGAAUACUGCACGUUGAAAAGAUAGUAGUACAAAAAAUGGCUCCGAGACCUAGCAUGCACGACAGUAAAGCGUUCAAAACUCGGAGAGGCAAAAGAGCUGUUGAUCUAAAGAAAAUGAUUCUCGCCAGAAAUCUGAGAAAAGGCAUCAAGAAGCACAAAGACAGUUAUAAAGUUUAUAUUUACAAAGUAUUGAAGCAGGUCCAACACGACGUCAGUAUAUCGUCAAGAGCUGUUGGUGUAACUUCAGCGAACGAAUUAUGUGAAUGUAUCGCUUUUGAAGCCAGCCGUUUGGCUCAUUACAACAAAAGAUCAACAAUUUCAAGGCGGGAGAUUCAGAAAUCCAUUCAAAUGCUCUUAUCAGGUGAGCUGACUAAACACACCAUUUGCCAUAAGGCGGCAUGCAAUUCAACUCCAAAAACAUCGAUGUGAACGAGCUAUAAACAACUGCUUCAACUCCAGUUUGUUAUAUUCAAGACGCUUAGUAGCUGAAGACUCAAUCUUACAUUAUCACUAUGUUUGAUAGUAUCGCUCAGUGGACUCUGCAAUUGAUUGAAAUUUGACAAAGCAGCAGACUAGCUCAUUAUUUAGAAAAUUCGUAUUAAUUUCAAGGCUUUUGUAUAUUUUUAGUGUAUUUAUAUAUUAUUGUUAAUAAUUGUGGUGUAUUGAAAAAUGACUUUAUUUUAUGA